GUGCUGAGGGAUGUCCUGAGAGAGCAUGACUGGGACUAUGAGAAUGCUUUGGGUUCACUGCUUGUGUUUUCAUCAACUGAUUCAUGUUCACCAGAAGAUCAGAGAAAACAAAAGUUAAAAUCAUCUCACUCCAGGGAAAAAAAGGACAAGAGCUCUCAAAAGCCUGACAGCUCAUCUAGCCUGUCAAGAUGGCUGACGGCUGUGCCGUCUCCCGUGCCAAAAGUCUCUAGUGUGUCUACUCCAAAAACACAAAAAUCAGCAGUCAGCAAAAGCAUGACCAAAAACACAUCCUUUAAACGGAAGAGGGGGGAUGAAUCACCAUUAAAUGAUGUCAGUGCCUCUGAGGAUGAAGAGGAGAUUGACAGUGAUGUUGAGAGUAUCUCUGAUAAUCUGGACUCGGAGGAUGAGGACAGCAUCUCGGGCAAUCUCCAGGACAAGAUCAUUCAGUUUCUCCAAGAAGCUUCCCUAGAUGAGCUUGCUCUAAUAUCUGGCUGCUCAAUCAAAAAAGCCCAGAAGAUCAUUUCGCUGAGGCCUUUCAAAACUUGGAAAGAUGUGGUAAGAAUCGAAUGUGUGGACUCUGCGCUGCCAUACCGGUUCCGUUUCCAAAGGGACAACGCUGCGGACAGUCACUCUCAAUCGUCGGACGGCUCCAACUCGGAUAAGGAGAAUAAACGGGAUACAACAUCAGAGUCCAAGAAUCAGAUAAGCAAGGAUAUGGAGGACAAAAUCAUCAAACUCAUGGAACUAUUCCCUCAGAAGAGCAAGAAAGAUCUACUGGAGGUGGUUGAAAGCACCAGCACGCUGGAGGGAGCUAUAGCACAUUGCUUGGGGAUUAAUGGAGAUGACGAUUCAGGCAGACGGAAAGGCAAAGCAGGGCAUAGUGAAGAUGAUGAUAACGAUCAACCAAAGAAGAGGAGAAAAUCCAAAGUCCUGAACAGCAAUUUCAAACUCCAGCCAUAUCAGCUGAUUGGCUUGAAGUGGCUGAUUCUUCUGCAUCAGCACAACCUGAGUGGCAUCCUGGCAGAUGAAAUGGGGCUGGGUAAAACUAUUCAGGCUAUCUCUUUCCUGGCUCAUUUGUAUGAAAAAGGAAUCAAGGGCCCUCAUCUUAUUACCGUACCCUCAUCCACACUGGAUAACUGGGUUCGUGAGCUGGGUCUUUGGUGUCCCAGUCUUAAAGUUCUUAUUUACUAUGGGUCUGUGGAAGACCGCAAAUACUUGCGACAAGACAUCCUCAGUGGCUUAGUUGAAUUCAACAUCAUAGUAUCCACUUACAAUCUCACAAUAGGGAAUUACUAUGACCGCAGUCUGUUCCGCAAGCUGAGGCUGAAGUAUGCUGUGUUUGAUGAGGGCCACAUGCUGAAAAAUAUGAACUCUCUACGCUACCACCACCUUAUGGCCAUCAAUGCUGAGCACAGAUUGUUGCUGACAGGAACACCUUUACAGAACAACCUGCUGGAGCUCAUGUCACUCCUGAACUUCAUCAUGCCCUCCAUGUUCUCCAGCAGCACCUCACAGAUCUCCAAAAUGUUCUCAACGAGGUCAUCAGAGGAAGAAAGCCGUUUUCACAAGGAUAGAAUUGCACAGGCCAAACUUAUCAUGAAGCCAUUUAUUCUGAGACGAGUCAAGAGUGAGGUGUUGAAACAGCUUCCACCAAAAGUGCAGAACAUUGAAAUGUGUCCCAUGAGUGAUGCCCAGCAGAAGCUGUAUGACAAACUUUUCAAAAGACUCCAAAAGGCUCCGAAUGGAGACAAGCGGGAGCUUUGCAAUGUGAUGAUGCAGCUGAGAAAGAUGGCUAAUCAUCCGUUGCUGCACCGCCAGUACUACACCAGUGACAAGUUGACUGCCAUGAGUAAAGCCAUGCUUAAGGAGCCGACACAUUUUGAUGCCGACCCUGUGCUGAUCCAGGAGGACAUGGAGGUGAUGUCUGAUUUUGAGCUGCAUAAUUUAUGUAAGCAGUACAGCUCCAUCAGAUGUUUUGAGCUGGAGAAAGAGCUCCUUUUAGACUCCGGAAAGUUUGCACUUUUAACCAAAGUACUCGCCAGGCUGAAAGAAAAGGGUGAUAGAGUUGUCCUUUUCAGUCAGUUCACUAUGAUGCUGGACAUUGUGGAGAUUCUGCUCAAACACCUUGACCAUCAGUUUGUUCGACUGGAUGGUUCUACUCCUAUGGCGGAAAGGAUUGGUCUCAUCGACAAAUACAAUACAAAUCGUGAGAUUUUUGUCUUCCUCCUGUCGACUCGGGCUGGGGGGCAGGGAAUCAACCUCGCCUCUGCAAACACAGUUAUACUGCAUGACAUUGAUUGCAAUCCAUUCAAUGAUAAACAAGCAGAGGACCGCUGUCAUCGAAUGGGGCAAACCAGAACAGUGCAGGUGAUCAAGCUCAUCAGCAGAGAUUCGAUUGAGGCCUGCAUGCUCCGUGUGGGACAGGAGAAGUUGAAACUGGAACAGGACAUGACUACUGAUGGAGAAGAGGACAGUGCUAUAACUGAACAAAUGGCAGAGCUGCUCAAAGUCUCACUGGGCCUUUGAAACCUGAAGAAUGGUAAAGUCAAGAGUGGUAGUUGCUUGUGCAUUUCCCUCCACUCGUCAAAUAUAAACACAGCAACUUAAAACUGAUUUGAUGUGGUUUUGGUAAGGACUAGCACUUUUUCCCCAUGUUCAAAUGUUAGAGGUCAGUUAUUAAAUGCACACAAAUCUUGGACCAAUGUACUGGUGGUAGAGGAGUUUGUGUUACUCGGGGAUCACCUGAAAUACUCAUGUUAAUAUUCCACACUGGAGAUCUAUGUCAUAUGUGCCAUCUGAAAGACUGUACCUCAGCUGCCCAGCUCAGAUUAGCCCACACAGGACUGGUGAGUUGGUUCCAGAUUUGUGACCUUAUAGACUAAAGGCACUGCUGCAAAUAACUGGUUAUACUUGUACUUUAACAGUUUUGUUGUUUAAUGUAUGUGUCCUUGUAUUGCUUUCUAAAUAAAGAUAAUACAGUCAUUACCUUUAAUUUAGGUUUUUGAUUGUUGAGGAGUAUUGCAAGUUUGAGUACUACUGCCAUUAAAAUCUUU